CCUCUGUGACAGAGAACAGUUUUGCAGCUUGCAUUACCUUGCAUGACACCCUCAGCAUCUUUAACUGUACACGUUUGGGUUUGAAAGCAUGAUAUCAAGGCUGGUCUUUCUACUUUUCUGUGGAAAUAUUGCACUAAACCUUGGAAAUGCUCAGAAAUUGCCAAGAGUUAAGAGACAAAGCCUGAAAGUUCAGAUCAAUGCAACUGGUGAUGCAGUGUGCAUGAGAUACAUUCGACCCAGUCCAAGCACCAAACUGGAAGGCUUCAUCUUGGGGUACGGCAGCAGCUUCUUCUCUAACCAGUAUAUUCCUCUGCCAUCAGACGGGAAAUCUUACAUAACCGAAGUUGACGCAGAGCCAAGAUACUUGAUUGCAGUGAGGCCAGCACCUGUUCCAAAUUACAAGAAACCCUGCUCAGGUAAAACGAAUACACCAAAGCCCCUCCAGCUGGUAAUAGGCACUUUAACUCCAACUUCGGUCUUCUUGUCCUGGGGGAUUUUAGUCAACCCAAAGCAUGAUUGGACCACAAUGAAUAACUGUGCAAAUGACAGGUUUUAUACAGUCCGCUACAGAGAAAAGGACAAGAAUAAGAAGUGGGUUCUCCAGCUUUGUCCAACAACAGAAACUGUGGUGGAUAAUCUGAAACCCAACACAAUUUAUGAAUUUGGAGUGAAAGACAAUACAGAUAAUGGGGUCUGGAGCAAGAUUUUCAAUCACAAAGUGGCUGUGCCUGGUAAAAACAAAGAAAAUGGACAACUCCAGAAUAAUUACAAAAUACCAAGAAUCCCAACUCAGUUUAUACCAGCAGAUUCAAAAGUUCAGCUUCCUUACACAAUAAUCAAACAAGUACUUCAAAAUGUCACACAUCGGGCACAAUCUAAAAUCCCAGAGAAGGCUCCAUUAGCAGGACCAAUACUAGUGCACCUUAUUGUACCAGAUUUCAAUGGAACACGACAGAAACUGCCAUCACUGGAUAUCUCUGAAAGACCAGAGAAAAAACCGGCUAAGAAUGAAACCCAGGAAUGGCCUGCGGAAUCCAAGACACCAGAAGUACAAGAAAUCUCUCCCCAAUCCCAGCCCGCUAUGACUGAACUAGACUGGGGAAGCAGCAAACCUACAGCUGCCAGUGCCUCAGAAGAAACAAAGAGCUUUCCAGCUCAUUCUGAAAGUGAACCAGAAUCCUCAAAACUUAAUAAAACCCCUUUGGCUAAAUUGCCACUUGACACACUGGCUCACACGGAAAGGGAAGUGGAGUCUUCAAAACCUUUGGUUGAAUUGCCACUUGACACACAGGAUAAAUACUCUGUACAUAGUAUUUCUGCUGCAGACACAGGGCUGUUGAAGGCUACCUCUGCUCCACACGAGUUGCCAGAAAUUCCUAAAACUAAAACACCUCACACACUUCAAAUGCCCACGGAAACAUUGGCUUCAAGUGAAAUGCAGCCAGUUCCUUCAGCACCCCAGCCACCUGCUCCAAAAGCCACACCAACAAGGCUGGUUUUCAGCAAAACACAACCUGAUCUUUCAAGCCCCAGAAGAUCUGAUGAGAUUGACAAAUCAGACUCCGAACCAGCAGUAACAAAUGAACCCACCCUGGAAUCUUUCACACCAAAAACAUCCAAGCCUCUUGACUGGCCAAAGACACCACAGGCUUCAUCUGAAACACCAUUUAUUCCUUUUAAAUGGAAGACUUCUGCCACUCCAGAAGGAUGGCAUGUGAGCUCCGCCACUAAUCAACCACCUUUGAAGCAGAAUACACCUAAAACUUCUAGAAUUACUGAACAAUUAAAAGCUGCUCCAGCUCUGCCGGAAACAGAAUUGGUUCCUUCUACACCUAAACCUUCUGCCCAUCCCAAAAUACCAGAAUCUAAACAUGCAGAAAAAGAACCUCAAUGGGAAGCCACUACACUUAAAAUUUAUAAAACCCCUGAAUUGCCAAGAACAACACAGGCUCCCAGUAAAACAAAAAUCCCAGUUUCCAAGCCCCAAAUCCCUCCCCAUCUGGAAGAGCCAAAGAUUGUACCGGUUACCAGCAAAUUGAUUCCAGUUCCCACCACAACUAAGAUUUCUCACACUGUCGGACAUCCAGGGGCAACAAUGGCUGUAACUGAAGCAGAUCAGUUUCCUUUUAAACCAUCCACAGCACCAGAACCCUCAUUUACUAAAUCUGUUUCGGAGCCUAUUACAUUUAGCAAUGAACUUCCAAUAGUAGCUCCAGAAGUCAAGCAUCGUGUUUCGAGUCCUAAGACAACCAUUGGCCCUCAUGUGCUGCAUACCAAACCUGACAUGAAACCUGUUGCACAUAGAACUGAGCCACCCAAGUCUGAACUAGUACCAUUUAUAACGGACCUGGACUCAAUUAACCUCCAUAUUCAUGUUUUCAAUGGUCCCAAAGCUACUCCGGAAGAAAGAGACCCUGUGCCUUCCAGACCAAAAACUUGGCUCAGCCCUGACGUGCCCCAGACCAAGCCUGACAUGGAAGCAGUUACUUUUAGAACUGAACAACCAAAGUCAACAAUGGUUCCUAAAGAAACUCGUCGUGUCCCUGCCAGACCAAGAACAUCUCCCAGCCCUGGUUUAACAACAACCAAGCCCAGUCAAAAAGGGAGUCGUCGUGUUCCACCCAAGCCUAAAACGUCACCCAGCCCAAAAACACCUCAUACAAAACCAGUUCGAAAGGAAAUGCAGCCUGUUCCUUCCAAAUCUAAAAUCUCUUCAACCACAGACACACCACAGACUGGACCUGCAGAAAUUAUUCCAUUCUCUCAAGGUCCUGCCACCACCAUCAUACCUCAUGUUCCUGAAAAGGCAAAGGCAGUGCCGGCUUCAACAGUAGAACAGUUCAUUCCUAAUAAAUCAAAACCAACUACCAGGCCAAGAAUGCUAGAGACCAAACCUGCAGUACACCGAACAACCCCACAACCACUUAUAAUCAAACCCACCAUAUCAUCUGAACGACAAAAGUCAACUAUGGCUCCAAAAGAAACACGGUUUAUUCCUCCUAAACCCAAAACAUCUGGCAAACCAGAAGUACCCCAGACAAAACCUGCACCAAUUGCAACGGACCUGGGGUCAAUUAACCUCCACAUUCAUGUUUUCGAUGGCUCCAAAGAUACUUUGGCCUCAUCCAAGCCCUACAGAGGUGUAACAGCAACUGAAAGUCCACAUUUGAAAACUGCAGUACCACAUAAAGUAUAUUUCACUACUGCAAAACCCAAGAUGACUGAUAAGUCACAGACCAGACCUGUUGUUGGUAAAACAACACCAGCCCCUGGCAGAACAAGAACAUCUGGAGGCUUGACGUGGGAUAAAGUACCAAAAGGCGACAAACUAAUAGACCAGGAUGCUGCUAGGCUUCUUAGUACAAGCUCUAGUACGGGUUCAAACACAUCAGUGCAUUCCUCAGUCGCAAGAAAAAAACCAGACCCUGUAGCUACACCACCUGACUCUCCGCGACCUCCCUUAGCUCCUGCCAAGCCUACACCAAUGCGAAGAAAACCUUUGCCACCAAACACGGUGACCGGUAAACCUGGAGGUUCAGGAAAUGUCUUGAUGCCACGAGCCUCUUCAUCUUCCACAGCAAAGCCUACAGGGCCAGCAGCUCAUGGGAAAACAAGCUCACAUAAAAAACCCCCUACAGCAUCAUCAUCUCCAGAUUAUAGUAAUAGAACUUUGUUCAAUUCACAGCCUACAUCAGAUACUGAUGCUUCUGGCAAACGAAGGUUCACAGGUGAAGGUGUGUUGUAUAUAAAGAAACCAGAAGAUGUGCCAUGCUCCAUCACAGACACACUCCAAUACUUUCCAACAGAAGAGGGGGAUAGCACAGAGGUAGCUACUAGCCCUCCACGAAAGCCUCCUACCAACCUCACUGUGGUAACUGUCGAAGGCUGCCCAACCUUUGUCGUACUGGAUUGGGAAAAACCACCAAAUGAAACUGUUACAGAAUAUAAAGUUGUAUCGAAGGAAAAUGGAAGCCCUGCAGGAAAGGACAAGACUAUUAUAACGACAAAUCAAACUCAUUCUACUGUAGAAAACCUGAAACCUAACACAAGUUAUGAAUUUGUUGUGAUACCUAGCAACCCCCUUGGUGAAGGACCGAGCACUGAAUCAAAGCCAUUUAAAACUGAAUCAGCGGACCCAAGAGUGACUGAGCCAAUUUCAAUGGGAAAAGAUGCCAUCUGGACUCAAAUCAAAUUCAAUUCUGAUUCCUAUUCUGAAUGCAAGGGAAAACAGUUCGUCAAGAGGACUUGGUACAAGAAGUUUGUUGGUGUACAGUUGUGCAACUCCCUCCGAUACAAAAUUUACCUCAGCAAUUCACUUACAGGUAAAUUUUACGACAUAGGAGAUCAGAGGGGGCAUGGAGAAGAUCACUGUCAAUUUGUGGACUCGUAUUUAGACGGAAAAACAGGGCCACAUGUUCAGUCGGAUCAACUACCUACCAAAGAGGGCUUUUUUAGAGCGGUGCGACAGGAGCCUGUCAAGUUUGGGAAAAUAGGUGCGGAGACGCAUACUAACUACGUCCACUGGUAUGAGUGUGGAGCAACAAUACCUGGAAAAUGGUAGAGCAAGAGAUAAGACAAAUGGCAGAGCAAAGGAUGAUACCAAAUGGCUGCAAUCCAGCUAUGGCUAACCCAGGCAAGCUGAGAAAUGGAAUUGUGUUGUGGUGUAGUAUUGUUCAUUCUGAAAUCUAACAAUACUGUGUUAACUGUUUGAUAGCAUUGGCUGCUUAAUUAUAGUUGUCCAGAUUUAUGGAUCUGUUGUAGGAACUUAGAACAUGUCAUAAAAUACUUGGGAAGCUGGCUCCCUCUUAAGUCUCUUCUGGUGCCUUCUACAUAUUUUGAAAGAUGUAGUUUAUUAUUUAUCAUUGUUUGAGGUACCUUUAUGGAAAAGUAUGUAUUCUGAAUUUUAUUGAUGCAUACUGCCGAAGUACGUGUUCUGAUUUAUUUUUCAACUCAUUUAAGUUAUUCUGUCAGGUUAGCUUUUCUGCUACUUUAUAUGCCCAGGCUGCAAAUAUCCAGUUCUCUAUUUGAACACUCUGGAAAGCUAAUGAUGCUCUCUGUACAGCUCUGUACUCAGAUAGCCUGUGUUUUUAAACAUGGCAGCCAUAUGCCAGAGAACCAUUUGACUGAGCCCAUGUCAAUAAUCAUUCUGCCCUUUGAAAGUGUGGCAAAAUGCUCACCACUUGGCCUGAGGUAGAUUGGGGGCCUGCAUCAUUUUGUGGAGAACUCGCCUAAGGGUAGGUUUUAUUCUCUAUUGGUUUUAAUUUUGUAUGUCCAACAGGACUUUGAUUUGGCAAAAGCAGGUUUCAGCUUGCUUGUAAGACCUGCUCCUCAAGACGCUUGUCUUGCAUAGAUGGAGCUGACUAUUGAAGGGACUGUAUACACAUGCUUCUAUGGUGCUUUUGGAGUAACUGGAAGCUAUGUCUCUGCAGAUUUUUGCCUCUCUAUAGUGGAUUGAUUUCAGCUCUGCUCGAAAGUUAGAAUGCAGCCACCUAAAGGUAUAAUCUGUUGCUACAGCAAACAACAGGGAGAUAUCUGUACAAACCUUAAUUAACCCUGUGAUCACUAUCAUUAUAACAGAGCAAAACAGGAUGUUGCAUCUCAAAAUAUUGUGUGCUCUAAUACUUACCAAGGACAUGUAUUUUAAGCACAGUGUUUGCCUUUAUAGUACAAAGCAGACAAUCAUUCACUGCUUCCAGGGAAACCUGCCUUCCCAACAUGUUUGCAAUAUUCAUAAUUUAUAAUGUGCUCCCAAAAAAUCAAGACAUAAAAUCAAGAAUAAGCAGGUUUAAAUGUACCCUUAACAAGCUAGUAUGAUUAUUAGGUUUUAACUGUGUUGAGUAAAGAUAAAUGCAGACUUCAGUCAAAUACCAUGUAGAAUAUAUUACGGCUGAAGCAUACAAAAAUCUUUAUAUACAGUUGAAACAGUAAUGUGAUCUGCUUUGUAGAAUGGAAAAAUGAAAGCUGUUUUUUUUAAAUGGCUCUGUGCUUCCCCUCUACACAAAGUGAUAUAUUUGUAUUGCUUAAACAUUUAAACAUUAUAUAUAUAAAGAGAUGUAGGUUUUUAAAGGUGUUUAUUCAACGUAUUAAAAAGAACACAAGGAGCAUUGGAUUGGUUGUUUAUAAUAAAAAAAACUUUUAAGUACAUUGCCGGUACACUGUACUCUUAAUAAAGUAUUUUAAAUCAUAAGUAGUAUUUGAUCCAUUGGUAUAUUCAGCAGACACAAAACUGAAAAAUUCUGAAAACAAUCCUAAAUUCUCUUGAGAGCCGCUUCAAAGACUUUCAGUAAAGACUUUAGUUGCAAUUUUGAAAUUAUAACUGAAAUUAUCAGAUAGUUUGGGGGAGGUGGGAGUGCCCUGUUUCAGUACAUCAGAUUGACAGCAAACUCAAGAGUGUGCCACAUCCUUCCUUAACUAAGAUGUUGUAAACAAUGUGAAAUAGAGCAUCUCCCUCAAUAUGGCUUAGCUGAGACGCUCCAUAGCCUCAUGUGGUUGCCUAAAUGAAUGUGCUGGGUUUCUUACAUGGAAGCAUUGUGUGACACAUUGUGCUCCCUUACAGGACAUGCACAUGCAACCAUAGCAAGUUGUGCAUUUGUGGCAGCUUGAAAGAUGGUGCUGCACAUAUGUAAAUUGAAAUGGUUUUGCAGUAUCACAAGGAGCUAUUGAUUCAUACAGUUGUAAUAGCUGGGUACCUUAGGUCUAUUAUUGGUUGAAAUAGUUAAAUCAUGUUACUUUAUGAACUUUAGCAUAUAUGGGGGCUUUUGAAAAUGUAACCUCUAAUAGUUCAAGUGCUUCAUUCCACAGAACUAAAUGCGAAUGGGUUGUCUGCAACGUUAAUCAUGAAAUUAAUGGGCAUGACUUAGGUCUGUUGAUUUCAAUGAGUCUGCUCUGAGUAGAAUUUAGCUGGCUAUACCCAAUGUGUUUCAAUAUAUGCUCUUAAAAGGUUAUGGUUCCCAUGCACUAUAAUAAGCCUCUCACAUGAGUACUUCCCAGAACAUUCACGGUCACAUUAAGUUUGUGAAUCCAUUUUGAUAGAACCAUUAAUUUGUUGUUCUUGAGUCAGUAAACAGCUAUUUCCAAGAUUCCCUUGGAUGGUGAAAAGGACAUGGUGCAUGUGAUUCAAUAGCUGUGAAUACCAUGAAGCAGACAUCAAUCCUUCCUAGUCUAGUGCACAUGCUCAGGUAAGUGCACAGGCAGUGCCUCAGGCCAUUAUAGGGAUUAGCAGUCACUACACCUAGGACACAGGUACAAUGCCUUACACAGUGAAUAUCAUUUCACCUAGUUAACUAUGAUCUGCACUUGCUGGUAACAAUUUGCCAGCAUCCAAGGUCUUCUGCGGCCCCCACAGGAAAUGCUGGGAUGGCUUACAUGAAGAAUUAUAUUGGUUGAAGCAU